AUGGGUAAUAGGCUUGGAAGGAAGAGGCAAGUGGUGGAAGAAAAGUAUACAAAGCCACAAGGCUUGUAUGUGAAUAAAGAUGUCGACAUUAAAAAGCUUAGGAAACUUAUUGUUGAGUCUAAGCUUGCUCCUUGCUAUCCUGGAGACGAUGAAAGCUGCCAUGAUCUUGAAGAAUGCCCCAUUUGCUUUCUGUAUUAUCCUAGCCUCAAUAGAUCAAGAUGUUGCAUGAAAAGCAUUUGUACAGAGUGUUUUUUGCAAAUGAAGAAUCCUAAUUCAGCUCGGCCUACUCAAUGCCCAUUUUGUAAAACACCUAAUUAUGCUGUCGAGUACCGUGGGGUAAAGUCAAAGGAGGAAAAGGGCAUUGAACAAGUUGAAGAGCAACGGGUAAUAGAAGCGAAAAUAAGGAUGAGGCAGAAAGAAAUGCAGGAUGAUGAAGAGAAAAUGCAGAAACGUAUGGAGUCAUGUUCCUCUAGCACAAGCGCAAUGACUGGUGAAAUCGAAUACGGCUCAGCUUCAGCUAUAUCUUACAGUUCUCCCAUAGAAGACGAUGAAAUCACUUCACCUCAGAACGCUUCAGUUGUUAGACAACGUUCACGCCCUCGAGGAAACAGGGAUGAUGAGGUUGAUGUUGAUCUAGAGGAGUUAAUGGUCAUGGAAGCAAUAUGGCUCUCCGUUCAGGAAACAGGGAUGCAGAGCAAUUCAGCUUCUGGUGAAAUGACAUCUUCUAGGCAUCAUCAUCAGUAUGUAACAGAUGAUCAUAGUUAUGUUUCUUCACCACCAAGAGCGGCUCCAACAACUCCAUCUUCAUGUGCUAUGGCUGCGCAAAUGGUUGGCGAAUCCUCCAGUCAUAGUCACAAUCACAACAACAAUGUUUCUUCAUACAGUAUGCUUAUUGACAACCAUCAUGAUGAUCAUCAUCAGCAUCAGCAUUACCAUAACAACAGCGUGAUGGGAGAGACAGGAAGCAACAGCUAUGUGAGUUCUUCUUACAUGAACGGCGAGAGCUUCUACGACUUUCCUCCACCUCCUCCUCUGGUCAUUGUUCCAGAGAGUUUUGAGGAACAGAUGAUGAUGGCUAUGGCUGUGUCUUUGGCAGAGGUUCAUGCCACGACCACAACUAGUGCACCAACUCAAGUUACUUGGCAGUGA